GGAUGUGCUGAUGCCUUGGCGUUUUAUAGAUACGAAGCUGUGACGCCGACAAUGUAGUAAUAUUUAAUAUAUUCCAGGGAGGGAUUAUAGACGUCUUUCUGUGUCUAGACGGGUCUAUUACAAGCCUCCGUAGCAUCAAUAUUGUCUUUCCGUCCACAUGUAGUAGGAUGUAAGCGUCGCACCUAUCUAACUGAGUGGCGUUGCUGAAUAGCGACGCUCUAUUUAAUAAGAGCCAAAGCUUAGCCGCCUCCCUGCCGGCUGCAACCCACAGCAUUUCACCUCCCGCUACGGUAGCUUGCAGUGCUGCGUCGCUGACUUUUUUGUGGCAUGGAUACGACAGAGCGUGGAGAGUCGCCGCCGUUACGAUGGCGUCCUUUUUUUCAGCUGGACGGUGUCUAAGUUAUCUAUGGGUGAGCUUAUUCCCCUGAACUCUCCCGCAUCUCUUACAUGGUGCAAUUCUUAUCUCAAGAUGGCGUUCCGUUAAUAUUAGCUUUCAUUUUCGUCUUUUGUAUAUUACAAUGAAGAGGUGCAAUCUCAAGCUGUCAUUGGAAUAAUUUUAUAUAAUUUUUUUGGAAGAGAUGAUCGAACAGAGAACUGCAUAAAGAAGAAGCUCGACCUUAAUUAGCAGUGACUCUAAUAAUAUUAUACACCUAUCGUAUUCUCUCUCUGCGGUCUUCCACUAUGCGAGUCCUGCUCAUCUUGUUAGCCGGAGUCUCGCCGGCUGUUCUCGCGCAAACCCAAUCACCGAAACGUGGCUUGGUCUUCAUCCCUAACUCUGACCACCCCGAAGACAAUCAGAUAUGGGCCCAGGCAGGAUCUGAUCUGACUUGGUAUUAUAAUUAUCAAUGGGAGCCUUCGCCCGCGUUUGAAGACGUAACGCAAGAGCAGUUCGAGUUCGUCCCUAUGCUAUGGGGCGUCACUGAUGGCACUGGGUUCCUUGAUUCGAUCCGAAACCGAAUCAAAUCCGGCCGCGCAAUCACACACGUGCUGGGGUUCAACGAGCCCGAUAGCCCGUAUUCCGGUGGGAGCAAUAUUCAACCAUCGGUGGCAGCAGAUGUGUGGGUAAAGAACAUUGCGCCUCUUGCAGAGGACGGGGUCCAGUUAGGACUUCCCGCCUGCACUGGGGGUUGGGGGGGAAUCCCGUGGCUACAGCAGUUUCUUGGCAAUUGCUCCGAGCUGAUCAGCACCGAGGACGAGAAGAAGAACUGCACGUACGAUUUUGUGAACAUACAUUGGUACGGCAAUUUUGAGGGAUUGGCGAGUCAUAUGGGGUCGUACGCUGCCGCUUUCCCCAAUACACCCCAAUGGAUUACGGAGUACAACCUGGAUCAUCAGGAUCUCCCAGCGACAGAAUCUUUCUACAACAUAUCUGCUGAAUAUUUAGACCGCAUGGACUCGGUUGGACGUUACAGCUUAUAUGGCUCUUUCCGGCCCCAAGACAGCAAUGUCGGCCCCAACGCCGUUAUGCUGAAUGAAGAUGGACAUCUCACGAAUAUUGGGUCGUGGUACUUGGGCGUCAGCAAGACGGCUGUUACGAACCCACAGUCAGGAGGAAGAAGGCUUGCAGUACAAAUGGGUAUCUUCGUUUUCAACCUAAUGCUGGGUAUUCUUUUGUCAUAAUAUAGGUCAUCGUGGAAGGAUUUCAGUCAUUCUUUCACAGUUGAAAGUUGUAGGUCUACGUGGCUGAGGUUGGAAGAUUGAAUAUAUGUAGUUAUAUAUGCAUAGCUUGAAGUUGUAACUACUAAGUAAUACAUACACCGUACAAUGAAGCUAGGGAUUGUAGACUC